CCCCAGCAUGAGUGCGUCGAUGCGGGUGCCGUUGUACUCCUUCUGUCAUGGGCGUCGAUGCUUCGCCAGCGCCGCAUCUCCUCUGUCCGCUUCAUUCCCUACUCCGCCCUUGCACAAGGGCGGCCGCGUGUGGUCUGUUGAGGAGGUGGAGAGCAUCUUCGGCGCCUACAGGCGGAGUCUGCAGCGGCCACACGAGGCGAUAGAGACCCUCAAGCAGCUGGGGAGGGUACAUGUGCGGACGCCCAUCGACGAGGUCACCGAGUACAAGCCUUUCCAAGAUCUGGUGGCCAAGCUGGUGGGGCAGCUGGGCGCACUCAAGGACGGCGACCUCGACUCGCUCAUCCGGUGCUUGCAGCUGCUGAGGCCCCACCACCCUGGCGGAGGGGGGAGCUGGAGCCCUCUGGGUGAUCGGCUGCUGGGCUCGUUCCAUCGCAUGAGUGCGCUGCAGGUGGCGGAGCUGUCUUAUCUGCUGGCGGUGCCCCUCAAGGUGGACCUGGACAGAUUCUUCUUCUACGCUCUCAACGCUCGAAUGAACCCCCUCGUUACCGCCAUCACCUCCACCUCCCCCCCGGGUGGUCAUCUGCGGAGGAUGAUCGAGCAGCCGAUGUCCGCCGACUCUCAGCCUGACGCGACUCUUCCUGUGCCCCUCAUGCGGCCGUCUCUGAGCACCGUCCCUGAGGACAAGAGCGAGGCGAUGCAGUACAUGCGUCAGCCGUCGAGGCUCAGCCGUCUGCUGCACUACUUCGCCCACCCGUCGAUGAGGCGCAGAGUGACCUUCUUCACCAACCCCGCGCUCAUCGACUUCAUCCACGCCCGCCUGCCAGACAUGGGGGCAGACGACCAACUGAGGCUGCUGCAGCUCUACUCGACGCUCCCUGGCGCCGCGCAGCUGGUGGAGGGGCUGCUCAAGCACCUCACAAGCGACAUCAAGUCGGUGUCUGUCCCUGGCCUCGUCAACGUGGCCGAAGGGAUCGCAGUGAUGGCCGGGUCGAGCCAUGAGGACGAGGGCGCAACGUCGCGGGGCGAGAUGGUCAAGGCCGUCACGGACCGUGUGACGGAGCUGACCAAGGCCAACCAGGUGCCCCUUGACGCGCUGGCGAGGAUCACCACGACGCUCGAAGACCACGUCGACUCAUUCUUCCUGGACGCCAUCGCGCCCACCCUCACGCAAGGCCUCCAGAGCUCCCCCUCCCUGCCGCCCACGACCAUCCUGGCCCGUCUGCUGCUGCAGUAUGCAGCACUACCCGACACGGCCGUCUCGUCCGCCCUCAUGAGCUCACUGGAGAAGGCGGUCACACACGGCAUGCUGAUCGGCGCCCUCACCAACCAUGCCGACCUGUUGGCGCGACUCGCCCUGACGUUCGUGUCGGUUGCUCGUGAGGAGGAGACCUACAGUGCGGUGCGGCAGGCAGCUAUGACGGCGGCCAGGAAAGGCACUUUGACGCCACGGGCCUUCUCCGAGGUGAUUGUGGCGAUGGCUGUGGUGGGGUACCGGCCGCACGAGCUGCUCGAGGCGUACCAGCUGGAUGUCAAGGUGGCCAGGGUGCCGUUGGUGAGCAUGCCGACCCUUGUGUGGGGUCUGGCGCUGAUGGACGCCGAGAGAGAGGGCGUGUGGCGGGACAUUUUCCGGCGGCUGGCGCAGGAGGCGGACGAGUUCGGCGAGGAGGAGCUGGCGUACCUCUACGAGGGUCUCAAGGCCGCGGCCAUCAUGGGCAUGCUCGAAGGCACACAGGACACCAAGCAGUGGAAGUCGUUCAUCGAGGGCACCUGCAGGCGGGCAUGGGAGAGCGUCAGAGGCGGCCUCGCCCAGCAACAGCAGCAGCAGCAGGACCAUCGGUCCCCCCCCACUAGCCCGCCGUACGCCGACAUGCUGACCCACCUGAAGCUGCACUACCAGACGGACGUGCCUUGCGCCAACGGUCUGUACCUGAAGCCCUUCGUGCUGGACGAGUCGCGUGUGGUCAUCGACCCGACUCCCAACAGCCCCUACCACCUGGUCAGCAAGAACGUCCUGGGCGAGAUUGCCAUGCGCCACCGGGUGUGGAAGGUCCAGGGCUACAACCCACUGCUGGUCGUCAACACGCUCUUCGACGCAUACGCACCGACUGCGGCACCGACAACAGAGGCAGAGGGCGCAGAGGCUGAGGGUGAGGGUGAGGGGCGCGAGGAGUGGGACGUGGCGGGUGCGGCCAAGAAGCUCAAGGUGCUGGUGGACAAACAUGUCGAGAAGAUCAGACGGCACGCUGAGGGGCAGCAGAGGCAGCAACAGAGGCAGCAGAGAGAGGUGAAGAAGGUGGAGCAGGGCGACAAGGGAGAAGAAGCUCGUGGGGACGAGGAGGUCGUCAGGCGGCCACAGCAGCAGCAACAGACGCGGCAGCAGCAGAGGCAACAGCCCCAGACGCGUGCACAGCAGCAGAGGCAAUUCCAGCAGCAAAGGCCGUAUCAACAGCAGAGGCCACAGCAGCAACAGAGGCCACAUCAGCAGCAGAGGCCAUAUCAGCAGCAGAGGAGGCAACAGCCUAUGGCUGACGACAGGAGAGCGGUGGCAAGCAGGCCAUUUGACAGGCGACAAGGGCCGCGGAGGGACAUGGUGGAACGGGAUGUUGUUGAAUGAUUGGCUGGC